ACCACUUGUCCACUGUGCCAAGCUAACGACACAUUGGGAAGCAAAUGGAACAUUAGACCAUUACAUGGCUGUCGUUUGCUCCCUGUGACACUAGAAAUGGUCGAUCCCAUAUCCCUUCUAAUAAAUUGACAGGAGGAAACAGCACAGAAGUCCACUCCAAAGCUUCCCUGAAUUGGAUGUGUUUUCAUUGUACCAGACAGGUGAUUUUGUGUCAAGUUCCAGGAGCAGCUGGAGCAGAGAGAGGGAAAACGUGCCCGGAUCCACUAUUGACCUCCAUCUCCGGACACACACAGCCUUUGUCAUCAGCCCUCAAAAGAUGACGGAGACCAUGUUUGGGACAGGGAAAGAUCAGUGGAUCUGUCCCAACGACCGGCAGCUGGCCCUUCGAGCCAAGCUGCAGACAGGCUGGUCUGUCCACACCUUCUGUACAGACCGACAGAGGAAAAGACAGAUGCUGGAGCAGCAGGAGAUGGAGAACAUCCUUAGUGUCAUCCGCAGGGCUGAGGAACUGGAACAGAUUGAACAGCUCCGCAUCGGGAGGCUGGUGGAGCGUCUGGACAACAUGAGGAAAAGUGCGAUGGGAAACGGCCGGUCCCAGUGCCUGCUGUGUGGGGAGGUCCUGGGCCUCCUUGGAACCCCCUCCGUCUUCUGUCAGGACUGCUGCAAGAAAGUGUGCACCAAGUGUGGCAUAGAGCCCCAGUGCAGUCAGAAGAGAACUCAGUGGCUGUGCAAGAUCUGCAGUGAACACAGAGAGGUGUGGAAGCGCUCUGGAGCCUGGUUCUACAAGUUCAUGCCCAAGUACGUGUACCCUGGGAAGGAGGGGCCGAGUGGUGCUCCUCUGGGACUGCGAGGAGCCAAUGGAGGAGGGCAGAAGAUGGCUAGGAGUUCCACUGUCAGCCGCACCUACACAUGGGCACACAGCAAAGCGGUGUCUAGUGGCAGCGACAGUGAGUCGGACCACAGUGAAGGAAGCGUGAAGAGCAAGGUGUCCAGCCAGGGUCUCCCUGAGGGCAAGCAGCAUACUGACUCAGUGUUCAGUGGGGGGAGGAUUGGGACACCCACAGGGCUGGGUUGGGGACCACAGGGCAGCCUGCUGUCAGAGAGCCGCUCCAGCCUAACCAGCAAGCCCCCCCACAGCACCGCUCCCCCUGAGGACUACGACACAGACCACAGCUUCCCCUCCCCCAGACAAUGACCCAAAACAUACCUCCAGGCUGUGUAAGGGCUAUUUGGCCAAGGUGAGGGAUGGAGUGCUGCAUCAGAUGACCUGGCCCCCUCAAUCACCCAACCUCAACCCAAUUGAGAUGUUUUGGGAUUGACCGGAGAGUGAAGGAAAAGCAGCCAACAAGUGCUCAGCAUAUGUGGGAACUGCAUUCCUCAUGAAGCUGGUUGAGAGAAUACCAAGAGUUUGCAAAGCUGUCAUCAAGGCUACGUUGAGGAAUCUUAAAUAUAACAUGUUUUGAUUUGUUUCACACUUUUUGGGUUACUACAUGAUUCCAUGUGUGUUGUUUCAUAGUUUUGAUGUCUACACUAUUCUUUUACAAUGUAGAAAAUAGUAUAAAUAAAUAAAAACUCUUGAAUGAGA